CGUGUGGGGCGGGCAGCCAGGGCUUGCGGCUGCGCAGGGCCAGAGAAAGCUUCUGGUUCCUUCCCGGCCCCGCUGCGAUUUCCAUUAAUAGCCAGCUGCUCCUGCCGGCUAAAAAUAACCAUCGGGACGCGUUCAUAAGGCCCUACAGCCGCUCCACACCACCGCCCUGCACACCAUGGCUGAGCGCCGCGUGCCCUUCACCUUCCUCAGCAGCCCCAGCUGGGAGCCUUUCCGCGACUGGUACCAUGGCAGCCGCCUCUUCGACCAGUCCUUCGGGAUGCCGCACAUCCCUGAGGAUUGGUACAAGUGGCCCAGCGGCAGCGCCUGGCCAGGUUACUUCCGUCUGCUGCCCAGCGAGAGCGCCUUGCUGCCCGCCCCUGGGUCGCCCUACAGCCGCGCGCUGAGCCGGCAGCUGAGCAGCGGCAUCUCUGAGAUCCGGCAGAGCGCAGACAGCUGGAAGGUCACCCUGGAUGUCAACCACUUUGCUCCCGAAGAGCUGGUGGUGAAGACCAAGGAUAACAUCGUGGAGAUCACCGGCAAGCAUGAGGAGAAACAGGACGAGCACGGCUUCAUCUCCAGGUGCUUCACCCGCAAAUACACCCUCCCCCCCGGUGUGGAAGCCACAGCCGUGCGCUCCUCUCUGUCCCCCGAUGGGAUGCUGACAGUGGAAGCCCCGCUGCCCAAACCGGCCAUCCAGUCAUCUGAGAUCACCAUCCCUGUCACCGUUGAGGCCAAGAAGGAAGAACCAGCCAAGAAGUAGGAAGAGGCCCGGCUGCUGUCCCUGCCACGCACCCCACACGCCUGCCCCCAACUCCUGCCCCCCUUUGUAUUUUUUAUUUGUACUCACCCAUCACCCCAGUGCCUUGAAUAAACAUGGAGGAAAAGAAAAAAAUGAUGGGAAUAAAAGUGAUGGAAGAAUCCUG